UAGUGUUAGUACUUGAUAAUUGAUGUCUCAUUAAAGAAUUGCGAAUCGCUGAUGAAUAAAGCCGACCUAUUUAAUAGAUACACUUUAUUAAUAAUUAAGUCUACGACUCGGGUUCUACUUACUUCUAUAAAUGUUUUGUUUGUAUUCAUCUUCUGUUAGAUAUACACUUUUCUAUCUCUAAUUGACCUCAAGUUACUAACACUACUUUAGAACAUAAAUGCUUUACCACUUUUGAGGAGAGUCUCCAUCAAAGUACAUUAAUAAACUUUAAUAACAUUAACUAGCAUUAAUUAUUAUUGUCUUCAUAGAUAUGUGCAAAUGGAUAUGUAUCAUUCUAAAUUAUGAACUAAUGCUUAAGACUUAAGAGAGAUAAGAAAUAUGUAUGUCUACCAGGGUCCAAUCUUUAAUGGACAAAGUUUCUAGUAAUAACAAUUAUAUGAAGUCAUGGAUAACAUAGGAAUCAAUCCAUUAAAAGAAGAUACAAAUGUUAUUGAAGGAAGUAACCACCAAUCAUCACAAUUAGAUGUUAUCAGGAAAAAUGAUACAGGAUUUUUACUUCUCAUUGUUAUCACAGGGUCAAUGUUUUCUCUAUACCUCGGUUUAUCAUUCGUGUGGCCUUCGUCAGUAAUACCAAAAUUGGAAUCUAAUUCGACCGAAGAAAAUCCUUUAAGCAGACGUAUAACGACUUUUGAAAUUUCUAUAUUGGCAGGGCUACCGACUAUAGCGAUAUUACUUGGUCCAAUAGUAAUGGGAUAUGUAUCUGAAAUCGUUGGUAGAACAAGAUCCUUGCAAAUUGCGGGUGUGGGAAUAUGUAUUUCAAUUUUAGCUUUAUCAUUUAGUACUAACAUAAUUUGUAUAAUAACGUUCAGAUUUGUUAGUUUCUUUUUCGUUAAUGGCGGAUGUAAUGUAUUUUUAAUAUAUGUAGUAGAAAUCUGCGAGGACCAUAACCGGGCUAAGUAUGGUUGUUUAUCUGUUGCUUUCACACAUUUCGGCCAAACGUUGGGUUAUGGUUUUGGAGCAGCUUUAAAUUUUGAAAAUUUUAAUUUGAUCGAAUUAAGUCCACUAUUAGUUAUAUUUAUUUUCUUCUUUAUAGCUCCAGAAUCUCCUGUUUACAAUUUGUCAAAACACAAAACAGAAAAAUGCAUGAGGGAUCUCAAGAGAUUGAGACGUAAUAAAAGUAAAAGAGAAUUGCAAAUAGAUUUACGUAACAUUUAUUGUACUAUUCCAACAUCAAAGAAACUAUCGGAAGAAAAAAUGUUGGUAAUAAAACUAGUGAGUACAAAAGAGAAAAGAUACUCAUUAAUGUUGGCAUCUUCUUUAGCCAUUUUUCAAAUAUUUUGUGCAUUCGGUAUCAUUGUACCUUUUAUGGAACCAAUUUUUAUAGCGACUGGAACGCAAUUCAACAGUAGUCAUUUACCUAUAAUUGCAGCUUCAUUUAAAGUUGUCGCUAGCAUUUUAGCAUCGUGUAUCGUGGAAAAAAGCGGUAGAAGAGUAUUACUUAUAAUUUCAACAAUAGGAUCAGGAGCUUCUUUGUUGGUACUAGGUUGUUUCUUUUAUUUGAAAUCUAUCGAAUCUCCUCUAAUCUACCAAAUGCAAUGGUUACCUCUAGCUUGUAUUAUAGGUUAUACCAUUUUGACUACUACAGGAAUAUUUUUAAUACCACAAGCCACUAUGGGUGAACUGUUUACACCAGAUGUUCGAUCAACAGGUAUAUCUGUUGUAUCUAUAGUUUUUUCAAUUUUAUUAUUCUGUUCGUCGAGUACUUAUCCCUAUAUUGUCGAAUAUCUAGGGAUGCAUUGGUGCUUAUGGUUAUACGGAUUCUUAAGUUUAUUAUCCGCUCUUAUUAUUUACUUAUUAAUUCCGGAAACCAGAGGAAAAAGCAUCAACGAAAUACAAGCAUACAUUAAGGCCCGUUGUAAUAAUUAAUUUUUAUUGGAAAUAUUUUAUCUUCUUAGACAAUACAAUGGGGUACUAUAAAAAUUUACCAAUUGAACACUUACAUCAAUGUACUAAUUAUCACCAAUUAUCAAAUACUUUAAACUUGUACAAUACGAAAAUUGUUUUUCCAACUUCCGUUUUUUCUAAAAGUAAAUUUCCUAGCGAUAGGAAACAGGUGGACGCGUUGUUAGAUAUCACCGUUCCCAUGCUACAACUUCCAUCAGAACUAGCUCUAAUCCACCAGUCGUCGCAAAGUUACUUUCUCUAAGGAUAAUUAUCGCUGUGUAAUGUAUUAGUAACCGUGCUGUAAGAAAUUGGCCGAAGGUCAAACAAACGUCUUGGAUAAAGUUGCAAGUUAGUAUUAAAGUCAAAUUAAUGCACAUACACUCCCUUAACAAAUAUAGUUUGACUAAGUGGUUACGGUAUUUUAGGACGAAAAUGGCGUGUCUUUUCUUGACUUCAGGUAUUUCCCAGAAGAACUUCUCCAAAAGCUCGAGCUAGAACUUCUCAACAUACAGUACUAAUCCAGUACUAAGUCGCUAUCAUAUCUUUCGAUUAAUGGAGGUAUUGCUACUUAUAUAGAGUAUCAACACGUUGUAAAGACCUACCUAAUCUUACUGGCGGUAACUGUAUAAUGUUACAAAUGUUUUGGUGAUAAAAUCGGAGCUUCAACUUAGUUUCCACAAGUUUCAUAAGAUUUUUGGUUUUGAACUGAAAAAAAAAGCUUGACUAUCACAAAGUUUGCACAAUAUGGAUUUCAAAACUGCUUACAAACUUUCAUAAAGCGAAUAGGGGCAGCUUUGACAUUCAUAGACUGGAUCAAAUCGUAAUUGCCUUCGAGACGUGGGAAAGACACAUCAAUUUCGAGAUAAUACAUGGGGUGGAGACAAAUAAGUUACCCUAAAAAACCAAGAACAUGUUUGUAAACCUUAUCACCAAAGAAGUAGUGCCAUAUAAAACUUUGGGCAACCUAAGGCAAGCUGUUCAAAACACGUCUUCCGUAAUAAAUUUUUUUGCUACAUGACAAAGUCCGACUAAGACAAACCACACAGUUUCUUCCUGAUUCACCGCAUGGUCCUGUUCUUUAACCUAGUUAAUUUCAUUUGUUUUUAAGAAGAACUGGCUAGCAGCACAGCGCGUCACUGAGUGGUUGAAUUUCAAUGAAGGAUUUUGUCCAUCGUUAUAAUAAAUAUUUCAAUUUAUUUGAUGAUUUCGGAGAAAAAUUGAGUUUCAUUCGCUCUUCCAAAUGCAGAUAAACUUAUCUUAGCGUAUUACUCCAAAUGUCCCUUACUUUGUAAACAGACCUGUUAAUAUAAAUAAAAUUUCGAACAAUACAAAGUGUAAAACAUGCUUUUUGUUCGGAUCGGAUUGCAGGAUAUCCGAUUAUUUGCUAGGUACUUUUCCAGUAAAUGGUUAAGAUUAUAUAACAUACUCAAAGUGACACGGGGUUGGAAAAGGUCCAUAGUUCCCGAUGGCUAUAUGGAAGUUAAUACUAAUAAAAGGAUUUGAAAAGCAACGAAAAUUUUGCUUGGCCCAACCAAGUUCAAAUAGAGGACUAUGCCAAUCAUAAUUAUCCAGAAUAUACCGAAUCAAAAUAUAGAUAAAGUAACGUUUUUCGUAUUGAUAUACACUCUUUUAUAUUCCUACAAAGUCUGGAAUUAUAAUUUUUAAAAUGUUACGAUAAAACUAUGAUUUGGAAAAAGUUUAGAGAUAAUAUAAAAAUUAUGUAUGUUUUCGAGUAAUUCUUACACAAUAAUGUACCCAUUGUUGCACCUAUUACAUGAAUAAUAUUAUAUUAUGAUGCCAUCAUUAUUUGGAAAAACCUCUAGUAUAGGGUAAAAUAAAAGUUUUUCUAACAUCUGCUGUAUAUACAGAGUGGAUAAUGAGGAACUUUACAUACUUCUACUAUAUGUAUAGUACCUCAGGGAAGAUACCAUGCGGCUACUAGAAAGUGUCGUUAUUAAUCUAUAGAGUGAUUUGUUCACAUACGCGACAAAAAUGUAUUUUAUUUAUUUUUAAGUGUAUUAUCAAGUCUUAUAAAGCAUGGAACAACCAUAGAGAUGUAUCACAUAAUAAGGUGUUAAUUUAAAUAAAUGUUAUAAAUUUCAAGUUCUCAACUAACAUGUUUAACUGUAUUAAAUUACUAUAACGACAAACACCAAACAACAAAAAGCAGUAAAUAAUAACAAUGGCGAGCUGAAAUUUUAAAACAAUAACUAAAAUUAUGUACUUAAGACGCAAAAAUAAAAACUGAAGAAAGUACAAUAAUUGCAACAAAAUAAAAAUAGUUAAAAGAAGAUUGUCUAAAUGGAGCCCAGCAGUAUCUGCACAUCUUUGUUUCCGAAUUGCCGUUUUGAUUAACGGAUACACUUGGGAUCAUUUCUAAUAGUAUUACAAAAAAUUAUAAUUAUGUCAAGUAGUUGUUGUCGGUUGUCUUUGUAAACUAGUUGUUUCAAUCGUGUCCAAAUAUGGUAAUCAACGGAAUUGAAAUAUGGGAAGGCCAUGAAAUAGGAUCUACACAUCCUAUCCACCGGUUGCCAUAAAUAUUAUUUAGAUGUGGUUUUACUGCCACUAAAAAGUGGAGGAAUGCACCAUCAUGCUGAAAAUACAUCCCUCGGGAUACAACGUUCGCUCUGACAAGCAAAUUUGGUAAAAUAGACCUGUCUUCUCGAAGUACCAUAAAAAAGUGAAAAUCUACCAAUUAGUAAUUUAUAACACCAAUUAACUGAAACCUUAACUGGGAACGACAUUCUCAAAUAGCAUUAGUAUUUUUUUCUGUCCAUGUGAAUUAUGGGAAUUAUUUAAAUUGGCUUCAUUUGUAAAUAGUGUCAUUUACAGCAUUAGUCGAUAAUUGUGAAUCCACCCACAAAAUUCUAACCUACGGGUUUCAUCUCCAGAAUGUAGUCGCUGACUUGUUAUUGUGGGGUUCAUAUUAACAGCGGCAAUAACGUCAUAUUCCUGCGAUUCAUGUUGUACUUUUUUUUCACUAGUAAAAGUGCCGUUUCCCUGCAAAUAUUUAAAAACUGAUACAAAUGUUAGAUGACUGGGAGUUCGAUGAUCAGCUAAUCUCCUGUGAUAUUUUCUAGCGGCAGCUCUCCCAUUACUAUUACAGAACCCAUAAACAAAAAUUAUAGGCAUAUUCGUCUUGGUCAAAAUCUGAUGUGGCAUUUUGAACGAAAGUGAUAAAAGCGUUAUCAAAGCUAACACAAUAAUACGUAACGUAGAUACACACCGAAGAAAUUUUUUACACACAAAUAACGGUUGAUAAUGACAAUGGGUAUAAGAUAUCAACAAACGUUAAACGGUCAACGCCAAUUUGAUUUUAAAACUUUAUAAGGUUUUUUAUCAUUAUUGUUUUGCUACAGUUUAUACAAUGUAUUACUAUAUGAUAUAAAAUUUUAAUAAUUUAUAAUAAACACACAUUAAUACAUAUAUGAGGACUUUUCAAUCAAUUCAAUUUAUUGUUUAUCGAAGAGAAUGCAACAAUGCAUUUUUGUUUAAAAAUAAUUGAAUAUCCCCUUAGCGACAAAACAAAGUGACAGUAAAGAUUUGAUCUUUCACUAAAUAUUUUUUGAUAACGAUGUGACAUGUUGGUUGAAAAUCACUGUAUUAAAAAAUAUAUUAUUCAAUACGAAUCCCUGAAUUCAUUUUUCCAAAGUUGGUCCUAGAAUUUUCAAGUUUAGCCAAUACCAGUCGAAUACUUGAUAGUAGUGUACUGUAUCAUGAAAACAUCCAAAUAAUUAAAUAAGCUGUGUAAACAUUAUAGCCUAUUUAAAUUUAUAGUAAAUUUCACAAAUCACCCUUUAAAUUGAUAAGAAAGAAGAGUAGACACCUUUCAGUAUCCUCAUGAUAUUGUCCCUGAUGGACUCUAUAUAUGGUGAAAAUAUAUAAAGUUCCUCUAGACUUUUAGUUAGAAAUUUUAAUAUCAUGACUGUAAAAGAUGAAUAUUAUCAAAUUUUUACAUUAUAAUUAGUCAAUUUACAAUUUUUAUCGUUUCAUUUGAAUACACUUUAAUUCAAAAUAUGUAAGUUAUUAUUACUAACAAGUAGCGGCUUUGUCUAGAAAAUAUAAGUUUAAUAUUUCGUUAUUUUCAUUUUUAGAAUAAAUAUGACAUGUUUUAUGAAAUUGACCAAAAUUAGGUACGAAGACGUGGAGAAAUAUCUUAUAAAAGCUAUCUGUUUUGUAUAAUCCCUUCACAAACACUGAAAUAAGGCGUUAUUAUUUUUCAAUUUUCAGCUUAAAUACAAAAUUUGAAAAUUCUAAUUAGAAAAUCAUUUAGUGGAAGAUGACAUAGUCUCCUUUUAGUCCCCUAUAUGCUUAGUUCAGCGAUGCUCUAACCUUUUUAACCCUUCCAAGAAUACUUGCCGUAUUUUUGCUUAAAAUAGGCGUGUACGUAUGCCAGAAUGUCCUCGUCCAAUGAAAAUAUCUCUCCUGCAAGUAAAACGUUAAGAAAACAGAAAUUUGAAGCAAAUCGCUGGGGACCAGAUGUGAUAAAUACGGUGGAUAGUGCACCGAUUCGAAGUGCGGUUCGUGAAUUCAAGCCAUCGUGAUCAACGAAAUGUCUCCAUUACUUUUCCGGCAAAUGAAAACUUUUUGGAGUUUACUCUUUUUAAUCCACUGUUUCAACAGUUUUUCGUUUCAGGAGUAGCGGAUUUAGAUUUUAUCUACAGUUGUAAAUCGCCGCAAAAAAUCCGACUCAUUUCGCUUGAACCACAUCAAUAAGGCGUAGGAAAUGUUCAUUUGAAUACGCUUUUAAUAUAAAGUGAGCAAACGCUACACCCAACGGGCGAAUACCUUACGCAUACAUAUUUUUUCAGUCAGAAUAUAUAUGGAAAUUGGGUUUUUUUGAUAUAACGAUAGCCUCUCCUAUCUCUCUAACCUUAAUACGGUUGACGCUGACAAGCCCAUUUUUUUUUUGCAGUCUCGAACACUCGUCCUUAGUCAAGUUGAUACGGCCACGUUUGAAUUCAGCCGCCCAAAAUUUUACGGUUGUAAAUGAUGAUGCAGAGUCUCCGUAGUCCUCUUUCAUCAAAGGUAUUACUUUCAUAAACAAAUAUUUGAUAACAGAUCUAUACUCUACUUUUUCCAUUUACACAAUUGUCAAACUGAAACUAAGCGUCCAAAAUGGCUGAAAUUUUAGUAUCUCUCAAGGCUUGCAUAAAUAUAUUUCUCAACAGCUAUACUAGGCUGUUAAUAUUCGCAAAAACCACUUUUGUAAAUGAAUUGAAACUCUCGACUUAAAUCAGGCCAACCCUGUUUUUAACUUAUAUAAAAUCUAUGUUGAGCUGUUAUCGAUCUCAUUAUUAUUACUGCAUUUUAUGUAUAUACUUACUUAAGUUGGAUAAUCUUAGUAAGUAAUGCAAUUUUUAUAUUUUAAUUUGUUUUUGUGAUUUUCAUAUUUACCACAUAAAUUUUGUUUGUUUGACAUAUAUUAGAAUAUUUUAAAAAUUUUAUGCCGUACUAUAUAAAUAAAUGGUUUGGGAGUUUAUUCAGAUAUUGUGGAAAAAAUAUUGUCAUAUAAUUAUUAAUAUAAAGAUCUGCUUGACAAUAUUUCAUGAACUCUCAGCUGAAUUUAAUACAUUUAAGAUAAUUCAUUCUAUUGGGCACUUUUCUUCAAAUCUCCUUGUCAACGUAUCUAAAUAGAAUAAAAAUAUUAUAUUUAAGAUUAUAUUUGUUAAUGAGUGAUGGUGUUAAUA